AUGGACGAAAGGUUCAACAAGUGGCUGCUGACGCCCGUGCUCACUCUCCUCUUCGUGGUCAUCAUGUACCAGUACGUGUCCCCCUCCUGCACCAGCUCCUGCGCCAACUUCGGGGAGCAGCCCCGCGCCGGGGACGCCCGGCCGCCCGCCGCCCCGAGUCCCGCCCGCCGCGCGCAGGCGCCCCCCGAGGACUGGGAGCGGCGGCCCCAGCUGCCCCCGCCGCCCCGAGGGCCCCCCGAGGACCCCCGGGGGGUCGCCGAGCCCGAGGACGAGGACAAGGAGCCCGGCGACCCGGAGGAGGAGGAGGAAGAAGAAGAAGAGGAGGAGGAGGAGGAGGAAGAGGAGGAGGAGGAGGAGGAGGAGGAAGAGGAGCCGGACCCCGAGAACCCCGAGAACGGCUCCUUGCCCCGCUUCCUGCCGCGCUUUAACUUCACCCUGAAGGACCUGACUCGCUUCGUGGAUUUCAACAUCAAGGGGCGCGACGUGAUCGUGUUCCUGCACAUCCAGAAGACCGGGGGCACCACGUUCGGGCGGCACCUGGUGAAGAACAUCCGGCUGGAGCAGCCCUGCACCUGCAAAGCCGGCCAGAAGAAGUGCACUUGCCACCGGCCCGGCAAGAAGGAGACCUGGCUCUUCUCCCGCUUCUCCACCGGCUGGAGCUGCGGGCUGCACGCCGACUGGACCGAGCUCACCAACUGCGUGCCGGCCAUCAUGGAGAAGAAGGACUGUCCCCGCAAUCACAGCCACACCAGGAAUUUCUACUACAUCACCAUGUUGCGAGACCCGGUGUCCCGUUACCUGAGCGAGUGGAAGCACGUGCAGCGCGGAGCCACGUGGAAGACGUCUCUCCACAUGUGCGACGGGAGGAGCCCCACCCCGGACGAGCUCCCCACCUGCUAUCCGGGGGACGACUGGUCCGGGGUGAGCCUGCGGGAGUUCAUGGAUUGCAGCUACAACCUGGCCAACAACCGGCAGGUGCGCAUGCUGGCCGACCUCAGCCUGGUGGGCUGCUACAACUUGACGUUCAUGAACGAGAGCGAGAGGAACGCCAUCCUGCUGCAGAGCGCCAAGACCAACCUGAAGAACAUGGCCUUCUUCGGCCUCACGGAGUUCCAGCGCAAGACGCAGUUCCUCUUCGAGAGGACAUUCAACCUGCAGUUCAUCUCGCCCUUCACGCAGUUCAACAUCACCCGGGCCUCCAACGUGGACAUCAGCGAGGGCGCGCGCCGGCGCAUCGAGGGCCUCAACCUCCUGGACGUGCAGCUCUACCAGUACGCCAAGGACCUGUUCCAGCAGCGCUACCGCCACACCAAGCAGCUGGAGCACCAGCGACGACGCCUCCGGCGCCGCCAGCAGCGCCGGCUGCAGCGCCAGCACCGCGCCCACCCCCGGGGCCCCCCCCGGGAGGACGCGGCGCCCCCGGACCAGCGCACUGUCACCGAGGACUACAACAGCCAGGUGGUACGAUGGUGA